UACAUGCAUUAAAGUGAACGGUUUGUGGGGAGAUCGCUGGAUAUGCUUUGGGCCUGAAUCAUAUUAGUUAUUAGUUAUUUUUUGAUGAUUUAAACCUGGAUAAAGAUCUCAACCAUGGACGAAGUAAACAUGAAUGCUAACGGCAACAGUGAUGCUGCUCAGGGGAAGGCCUCUUCCAACUCCACCAUCUUCACCCGCUCCGACCGGUCCGAGUCCCUGCGGCCUGAUGUCGAGACACCGGUCCUGAAGUUCUUCCGGACUCUCUCUGAAGAGACAGACACUUCUCCCGGGAACAUCAACAGAAGUCAUGGAACAUCUGUUGAAGUCAAUGGAAAUGAGAAGACAGGAGGGGAUUCAAGUGCAGUAGGUGUGGUUCAGAAGAAUGGAGAAUCCACCACUCCCACCACAGUUGUACGGGCCAAUGAGAGAGAGGAAGUAUGUGGAACAGAGGGCUGCAGGGAAUUGGAGUCUGUGGAUUGGAUGCCACCAGGGACUAGCUGUUCUGUGGAUUGUGACAGGAAUGGAGGUCUGGCUCAAUGGAUUCCAGAAGCACAGAGUGACAUCAUGGACUUAGAGGAGAAAGAUGCAAAUGGUAGAUGUCUUGUCCAGUCAAAAGACUACAUCGCAGAUAAGAAGACCCAUUUGCAAGGAAAUGGUGGGUCAACAGACCAAUCGGAUGGCUGCAUUCCAGAAAGGACAUCUCACUUACAAGGAUAUGUGGGGCCAAUGGAUUCUUUAAAAAAUGAACUGAGAGUGUCCAUAGACAAACAUAGGAACAGUGGAGCAUCAGAAGACUGCAGUAGGAAGGAGCCUAUAGACACAUACACACAGUGUGCUACAGGCAGCACCAAUCAGGACGUAGCCACUGACUGUCCCAGUACAGACCAGUCAGAGAUAAUUGACCAGCAACGUCUGUACAGAUCCACAGACAAAAGUCAUCAAGAUAUGUUAAAAAGUGAUGAAAUCAGUAACACUGAUGACAAAGACACCGCCAAGGAUGUUCGCAACAACACAGAUGAAUCUACAGACAAGCACGACAUACUAACCUGGUUAACAGACAGUGAAACCAAUCCAGCAAGCAGCAAUAAACAGGGAACAUGUACAGAUGAUAAUCAAAUCCAAGACUUACCAACACCUGAUGAUGAUUUGACCAGAGACCUUGCUAACCCUUCUGCAGUAAGAGCUGGUAAACCUCAAGACUUACCAACACCUGAUGAUGAUUUGACCAGAGACCUUGCUAACCCUUCUGCAGUAAGAGCUGGUAAACCUCAAGACUUACCAACACCUGAUGAUGAUUUGACCAGAGACCUUGCUAACCCUUCUGCAGUAAGAGCUGGUAAACCUCAAGACUUACCAACACCUGAUAAUGAUUUGACCAGAGACCUUGCUAACCCUUCUGCAGUAAGAGCUGGUAAACCUCAAGACUUACCAACACCUGAUGAUGAUUUGACCAGAGACCUUGCUAACCCUUCUGCAGUAAGAGCUGGUAAACCUGACACCAGUGGAACACCAUCUUCAAACAACAGAACUGUGGUUCUAACCAUGAUCAGGACUGAACCUGUUUCUGAGGAGCAGCAGCAUACAUUCGCUGAAACGGAGACUGUUGUUGGUACUACAGGACAGACUGAGGAGCCAGGAUGUGGGUCUAGCAUUGAGGUGAAGGUGAGAGGGGAGACCUACCCACACUCAGAUUCAGACAGUCUCACUGAGGCAGUAGUGGAGAGAGGAGAGACCGAUACUGGGAAUGACAGGGUGGUGUCUUGUCCUUCUGAAACUAUGCUGUCCUCUGAAGUGAUAGAGAGAGCACCUGCAGAGGCAAAGUCUACCGCCGGGCUUUCUCACCCAACAAGUCCCCAGGGGCCAACCUCAACCCCAGGUCCAACCAGUGGCCCUCCCCCUGGCACCACCUCCAUCCGAGCCACCUUCUCCCUCAGUUCUCCGGAGGAGAAGCCCCUCCAGCUGCCUGCCCUCUUCAGUGGUCUGAGGGUCCUAAAGAAGGGAGCGGCAGGGCCGGAUCAGGACAUAGUGGCCCUGAUCAAACCACCAUCACCAUCAGACCUGGGUGUGAACAAGCCUGUGAGGAGAGAGCAGAAGAUGGUUCGCAGGAGGCAGGGGACUUUCUUGGACCAGCUCUCCCAGUUCCUGAACAUGGAGAAGGAUGAUAACAGUAAUAUGAAGGAGUCUGCAGGAGAGGAGAGGAGGGAGUCUACAGGAGAGGAGAGGAGGGAGUCUACGGGAGAGGAGAGGAGGGAGUCUACAGGAGAGGAGAGUAAGGAGUCUACAGGAGAGGAGAAGAGGGAGAAGGAGUCUACAGGUGAGGAGAGGAAGGAGUCCGAGCCGUCAGAAGAGUCUAAAGAAUUCAGCGAUGAACCUGAGGAAGGGAGGGAGGUGAAAGAGAAGACAGAGAAGGAUACAGAGACAGAAAAGACAGAGAAGGAUACAGAGAAAGAGAAGACUGAAGAACGGUCUGUGAUAAAGCCUCUGGAAUCUUCAGAACCUUCUGAGACUCUAGAACCCUCAGAACCUAAGGAACCUCAGAAGCCUCCCUCCAGUGCGGAGGUGGCAUUUGAUGCGUUCAAGGCCUUUUUCGUCCCCAGGCCCCUGAGGCGGGACCAGGAUGCAGUGAAGAGGAAGGCCUGGAUCUUUGAGAGAACCUUCAAGACUCCUGAAAAGAAAACUGAUUCAAAAUCGCGGGCGUCGACCCCAGGUGAUGGAGAGGACCGGUCCACCCCAGGCCGUCUGCAGGCCAUCUGGCCCCCAACUAAGGAGGAGAAAGUGGGACUGAAAUACACAGAAGCCGAACACCAGGCAGCCCUCCUGCAGCUGAAGAGAGAAUGCAACGAGGAGAUGGAGAAGAUACAGGAGGACUUUGGAAAGCUGCUGCGCCAGAUGAGAGGGGACAAUGAGGAGCGUGUAUUCCACCUGGAGUGCCACCUGGCCCGGCUACAGAGCGACCUAGUCCUGGGUGCCCACCACCGCCGUGGAGACCUCCGAGACGUGGCCGUAUCCACGGGAGAUGACCUCUCACCCCGGACCGUCCACAACGUCUGCGUCCAGACGGACCGCCAGACCUUUAUCAGAACCCCUGAGGAUGAGGAGGGAGGUGUCAGGCUGGGCCUCCAACCCCCCCUCAACGUGCCUAAGAGACUGGGCCUGGCUUCUAUCAGUCUAAAUCUGUCUGGACAGGCUACCUCUCCCUCUUCUCCCUCUUCUUCCCCCCUUCUUCUCCCUCCUCCUCCUCCUCCACCUCCUCCUCCUUUCCCAAAACAGACCCAGGGACUUGACGGCCCUCCUCCACCCCCUCCACCGCCACCAGGCUGCAGCCCUCCACCCCCUCCACCGCCACCAGGCUGUGUCCCCCCUCCAGGAGGUCUUAACUACAGUGUGUUGGUGGAUAAACCCCACAGGAAGCCUGCUGUGGAACCAGCCUGUCUCAUGAAGCCUCUCUACUGGACCAGGAUACAGAUACAGGACAAUAAGGACACACUGUGGAACUCUCUUGUGGAACCAGACAUCAUCAACACCACAGAGUUUGAAGAUCUGUUCUCCAAGACCACCUUACAGACCAAGAAAAAACCUCUGUCAGAGGCCUAUGAGAAGAAAGCAAAGGCCAAGAAGGUCAUCAAGCUGCUGGAUGGGAAGCGUUCCCAGGCCGUAGGGAUACUCAUCUCUAGUCUGCACCUGGAGAUGAAUGACAUACAGCAAGCUGUGCUGACGGUGGACAACUCCGUAGUGGACCUGGAAACCAUCCAGGCUUUAUACGAAAACAGAGCCCAGCCCGAUGAGCUGGAGCGGAUAAAGAGACACUACCACACUUCAGAGGAGGAACUGAUCAAGUUGCUGGACAAACCUGAACAGUUCCUCUAUGAGUUAUCUCAGAUACCAGACUUCCCAGGCAGAGCUUCAUGUAUCAUCUUCCAGUCUUUCUUCAUAGACGCCAUCGCCUCCGUACAGCGCAAGGUUGACAUCGUCUCUCACGUCUGCAAGGAUCUGUUGGAGACCUCCAGUGUGAGGGAAGUAAUGGGUCUGGUUCUAGCUCUGGGGAACCACAUGAACGGGGGCAACGGGACCAGAGGACAGGCUGACGGCUUUGGACUGGAGAUCCUGCCCAAACUGAAAGACGUCAAGAGCAGGGACAAUCGAAUCAGUCUGGUUGACUACGUGGUGUCAUACUAUCUCCGCAACCUGGAUGAGAACGCUGGGACAGAGAGAAGUGUCUUCCCUCUCCCCGAGCCUCAGGAUGUGUUCCUGGCCGCCCAGGUCAAGUUUGAAGACAUCACCAAGGAGCUGAGUCAGCUGAGACGGGACCUGACAGUGUGUGAGAAAGAUGUUCAGAAGGUGUGUUCCAGCUCUCCAGACGAACACCUCCAGCCUUUUAAGGACAAGAUGGAGGCGUUCGUUCUGAAUGCGCAUAAAGAGCAAGAUGAAAUGCAUGCCCAGUUGAUGUUUGCACAAAAAAGCUUCCACGAGCUGGUGACGUUCUUAGGGCUGAAGCCCAAGACAGGAGAGACCGAAGUGGCGACAGGUCACUUCUUUAUGCUGUGGUUUGAGUUCUGUACCGACUUCAUGACCAGGUGGAGGAGAGAGAACAAGAAUAUCUCCAAAGAGAGACUGAAAGAGGCUCAGCUGUCGGUGAAGAAGAUCACAGCAGACAAGAAGGUGGAGACUAGGAAGAUCAACCCUAACAGUCUGAAAGAGAGACUGCGCCAGAAAGAAGCAAACAUGGUGGCCACAAGCUGAGAGACAGAACAGGACAGAGAAGAACAGGACAG